AUCCAGUUUUGGUUGCGGAUUAAAAGGCAAUUCUUGGCACGAAGGAUUCAAAGUCAACACAAACAGCCCGGGGAGACCGAAGCAGCAACGAAGGUGCAGAAAUGAGAUUGAGAUUUCCAUCGUUUUGAUACCGGGAUCGAGAAGUUAGGGUUCCCUGGCGACAGUUUGCAUGCGACAUUCAUUUUGAUUGCCUCGUCGAUCUCGUCUCCGGUCUCCUUUAAGAAGCUCCGAUCUUAUUCUUGUGUGAUACUUCCAAAAAAUUUCUCGACGCCGCGUUUUGUUCUUGAUUUUAAUUUCACUAUCAAUCGAUAUUUAGGGUUCUUGGUGGAUUUUCGUUUUCUCUGAUCGGAGGAGGGAACAACUUAGCCUAAGAUUGUUAGAAAACCUUCUUUCUUUUUGUAGUUUCAUCUUUUUUUUUUUUUUCUUUUUUGUUCAUUUGCUCUCUCCUUCGCCUUUGGCAUCGUUAGUUUCUCACCAAGUUGCAAACUUUCUGUAUGUAUUGCAAACCGCAACAAUAAAAAUAAAAAAUAACAGAAACACGUAAAUCUUCCGAGCUUAUCAGAUUUUGCCCUCCUUCAAACAAGUGCUGCUUCCUGUACUCUAUAAUAUUUUUGGUACCUUCAACUGCUGAAGUAGGUUUAGCUGAGUAAUAUUUUGCAAUGAAGCUCCUGGUGCAUGUCAUCGAAGCCAGGAACCUUCAAGCUAUGGAUCUGAAUGGACUGAGUGAUCCUUAUGUGAAAUUACAGCUAGGAAAACACCGAGCGAAAACUAAGGUGGUGAAAAAAAGUCUCAACCCUUUUUGGGAUGAAGAGUUUAACCUUCAAGUGGGAGACCUUAGUGAGGAGCUCAUAGUGAAUGUUUUGGAUGAAGAUAAGUAUUUCACUGAUGAUUUCUUGGGCCAAGUGAAGGUGUCACUGACCAAAGUAUUGGAUUCUGACAACUUAUCGCUUGGGUUGACCUGGUAUCAGUUGCAGCCCAAAGGCAAAAAGUUGAAGAGCAAAGAUUGUGGUGAAAUUUGUCUCACUAUUUCCUUGUAUCAAAAAAACAUUGAACAAACAGUGCGUUCCAUUUCUGAUGAUCUCGUAUCAAGCUAUGAUAGAUCAAGUGAGUUAACCAAGGGAAGGAAUUCAGUCUCUUCCAAUGGCGACACAGAACAAGCUGAUGUGUCAGAAGCCAAUGAAAUGGACACUCUCAAGGAAGACAAACCAAAUGCAGUUACUUUUGUGGGUCGAGUGUAUCAGUUUUUUGGUGGGAAAAAUUCUGGGACUAUUUCUUCUUCCAGUAGGGAUGUUAGCCCUGAAAAAGUUACAGUCUCAUCAGCAGAUAAAAUUUCAGAAGAGCAGAUUGUUGAUGCAGACUCUGAUAUCCCAUAUGAUGAAUUAUUGAAAUGCAUAAUACCAAAGUUAGAAGGAGUUGAUAUGCCUGCAGGUUUGCCAGGUGGUAUACUUGUUGACCAAUCUUAUUCUACUGCACCGGUUGAUCUGAACUCACUUCUCUUUUCACCAAGUUCAAGAUUUUGGCAAUCAUUAGCUGACAUUCAAGGAACAACUGGUUUUCAAGCUGGACCUUGGAGACUAGAAAAUGGUGGAGAAACCUUGAAAAGAGUGGUCUUAUACACAAAAGCUGCAACAAAGUUAGUGAAGGCUGUGUCAGCUACAGAAGAGCAGACUUAUUUGAAGGCUGACGGGACAAAUUUUGCUGUCCUGUUAAGUGUAAGCAUACCUGAUGUUCCUUUUGGUAGCUAUUUCAGAACAGAAAUUCUUUUCUGUAUAAUGCCAGGGCCUCACUUGCCAUCUGAAGAACAAUCAUCACGUUUGGUAAUAUCAUGGCGCAUGAAUUUUUUACAAAGCACGAUGAUGAAAUCAAUGAUUGAAAAUGGAGCAAGGCAAGGAUUGAAGGAUAGUUAUAGUCAGUUUGUUGAUUUACUAUCACAGAAUAGAAAACCUGUUGAUCUAAAAGAAACUGCUAUAAGCAAGGAGCAGAUUUUAGCUUCUUUGCAAACUGAGCGGGAGUCUGACUGGAAAUUGGCAUCUCGAUUCUUUGGGAACUUUACAGUCAUAUCUACUUUGGUUGCAAUGUUGUAUAUUCUCAUUCACAUUAUUCUUGCAAAUCCUAGUACAAUCCAAGGACUUGAAUUUCCUGGAAUAGACCUGCCAGAUUCAAUUGGUGAAAUUGUUGUUUGCGGAGUUCUUGUUCUACAAGGACAGCUUUUUCUAAACGUGGUAGGACGCUACCUACAGGCCUUGAAGCAAAGAGGUAGUGACCAUGGUGUCAAAGCACAAGGGGAUGGAUGGUUAUUAACUGUCGCUUUAAUAGAAGGUAGUAGCUUAGCAGCUGUGGACUCAACCGGAUACUCUGAUCCUUAUGUUGUCUUUUCUUGCAAUGGAAAAACUAAAACUAGCUCAAUCAAAUUCCAAACACUAGAUCCUCAAUGGAACGAAGUUUUUGAAUUUGAUGCUAUGGAUGAUCCCCCAUCUAUGAUGAAUGUUGAUGUUUUUGACUUUGAUGGACCUUUCGAUGAAGCAACAUCUCUUGGUCACGCUGAAAUUAACUUUGUAAAGUCUAACUUAGCAGACUUGGUGGAUGUAAGGAUUCCUCUUCAGGGGAAUUUAGCACAGACAUGUCAGUCUAAGUUACUUUUGCGGGUUUUCUUAAACAAUACACGAGGUAAUGACAUUGUCAUGGAAUACAUAACUAAAAUGGAGAAAGAGGUUGGGAAAAAGAUAGUAGUACGGUCCCCUCAAACAAAUUCUACAUUUCAAAAGCUCUUUGGUCUGCCGCCAGAAGAGUUUCUCAUCAACGAUUUUACCUGUCAUCUGAAGCGCAGAAUGCCUACACAGGGUCGCAUUUUUCUGUCUCCUAGAAUAAUUGGUUUCCACACAAACCUUUUUGGACACAAGACGAAUUUUUUCUUUCUUUGGGAAGAUAUUGAUGACAUACAAGUGGUUCCUCCAUCACUAGCAACUAUGGGAAGUCCUUCUCUUUUAAUCAUCCUUCGCAAAGGUAGAGGCACAGAUGCAAAGCAUGGUGCUAAGGCAGUUGACCCAGAUGGAAGACUUAGGUUCCACUUCCAGUCAUUUGUUUCAUUCAAUGUUGCAAACAGGACAAUCAUGGCCCUGUGGAAAGCAAGAGCCUUGAGCCCUGAACAGAAGAUGCAGUUACUUGAAGAAUCUGGAGCAAGGAAUCUAAAUAACGAAGAGAGUGGGUCUUUCUUAGGCUUAGAGGAUGCUAAAAUGUCAGAUGUCUUCUCCUCCGCUAUAGAUCUCAAUAGUAAUUCACUGAUGGAGUUAUUCAAUGGAGGUCCUUUGGAAAAAAGUGUGAUGGAAAAACUUGGUUGUGUUGAUUAUUCUCUUUCUCCAUGGGAAACCGUAAGAGCGGAUGUGUACCAACGGCAAAUUCACUACAAGUUUGACAAGAAUUUGUCACGUUACGGAGGGGAAGUGACAAGCACCCAGCAAAAAUCUCCUCUGCCUGAUAAAAAAGGAUGGCUGAUUGAAGAGGUGAUGGCUCUCCAAGGUGUUCUUCUCGGGGACUAUUUCAAUCUUCACUUCAGAUAUCAGAUAGAGGAUCUGUCCCCAAAACUGAGGGCAUGCAAUGUCAUUGUAUCAUUAGGGAUAGCUUGGCUGAAGAGCACCAGCCAUCAAAAGAGGAUAACAAAAAAUGUUAUAUCAAAUUCAUCACUUCGACUAACGGACAUGUUUACUCGAGUUGAGAAUGAACUUCUACAAGCAAAAUAGAAUCGUUUAGCAUAAAAUCAUCAUUCUUUGGCAGGUUUUAGGAAGCUAAAGUGUGAGGUAAAUCUUAGUCAAUGUCAAGAUUUGGAAAAAUGCCAAACCAUCUUCCGCCGCCCUAGUUUUGAACAAAAAAGGGUCAUCGUUGUUUUAGUUUGUUCGGCAUUGUAUUUAUUGUAUCAUAUGUUAUUUGAUUUGAUUUAGUGACACUAUUUUUUGCACAAAAAAUAGUGAAUAAUAUAUGUAGACAUUAAAGAUGUGAUUACUGGAGAUGAAGAUCUCUAUUGAUGAAUUA